UUCCCUCUUUCUUUCCCCGGGACGCGUGUCAGGCGCAUCCACACGCGCCAUGUCUUCCGCUUCGACGGUGUUGCUGGGCCUGAUGGACGCCGCCGCCCCGCCCAUGGCCUGCGAGGGAGAAGGGAGCCACAGCAAGAUGGGCGGGGUUCCGGACUUCAUCCCUUCGGUGGUCUUGGCUCCUCCUUGUUGCGGGAUUUGUAGUUCUGCCUUGGUGCAUCUUCUGCAGAUCUCCUGUCCUCUGGAAGGCUCUCCGUUCCAGCGCCUCAUCCACAUCUUCGCUUGCGCCGGGAAAAGCUGCUGGGGGAAGUCGGAGAGCUGGAAAGUGCUACGAUCCCAGUAUUUGCAGGAAAUUGUAGAGCAAGGAUCCGAAGUAAACCAGAAGGAGGAAUGUGCAGUCGCCGCCAGCGAUUGGUGUGAAGGGGCCGACGACUGGGGAGAAGAUGGCGACGGAAUGGAACCCAUUGCAAGACACAGUCCUGGCGGUGCACCAGAGGUUGGUUGCGCCAUGCAGCUCCAAGGUCUCAGCCUGAGAGAGAGCCCCGUUCUCCACCCUGUGUCCCAUGAUGAUAAUAGUAAUAACAAUCACAGGGAUGGGCCAAACGGGCCCCGCUCUGUCCCUGCCUUCCGGCCUUAUUACAUCAGCGUCGUGGACGAAGCAGACUACCUGGGAUACCAGGAUACGGACCAUGCGCAGAAGCUCUUGCAGGAGUAUCAGCGGAAGGAAGGCCUUGCUUUGGAGCAGCUAAUGUCAGAAAGUUGCGCGUCUGGUGGUUACGAGGAGAAAUACGAGAAGAGCGGGAUUGGAAAGAGAGACCGGGUUUUCCACAGGUUCAUGAAACGGAUUUCUUCCUGCCCGGAACAGCUCUUACGGUAUUCCUGGAACGGAGAGCCUUUAUUCCUCGCCGCAACCGACGUCACAGCAGCCGGGGUCCCACCUUGCGGUCUCUGCCAAAGCAGGAGGGUCUUUGAGUUCCAGCUGAUGCCCGCAUUGGUCAACAUGCUCAAGCCCUUUUCAUCCAGGACGGAAGUGUCAGUGGAAUUUGGAACCGCCUUGGUUUUCACUUGCGAAAGGAGCUGCUGGCCCCCGAAUCAUCCGACCCCGUUGGAAGAAUAUAUUUAUGUACAAGAAGACCCAGAUCAACACCUGUUUAAAUAGCGUUAUAAUUUAUUGCACAAGUAAAAGUCUUUAUGUACA